AUGGCCACUGACCACGAUCAGCCCACCGGCCCCUUCGAGGGCCCCGAGAAAUUACUCGAGAUCUGGUUUUGUCCCUCUCCCGCCGAUGUGCCCGAUGCACAUGUCUCUCCGGUUGGCAAGCCAGGUCUCAGAAAAGUCCCUAGAGAAGUGUGGGCAGAAAUGCUCGACAUCGUCAAAUGCAAGAUCCUCUCCGUCGUCGAGGGUAUGGAGAUGGAUGCUUAUCUCCUCAGUGAAUCAUCUCUCUUCAUCUCUCCCCACCGCCUUAUUCUCAAAACUUGCGGAACAACUCUGAACCUCCUAGGAUUACCUCGAAUCCUGGAAAUCGCUAAAGAUCAUGCAUGUCUGCCUUCCGUCUACCGUUGCUUCUACUCUCGCAAAGCUUUCAUGUUUCCCGAGCGGCAGGUGGGGCCGCAUAGGGAAUGGAAAGCAGAAAUCGAUUUUCUAGACCAAAUCUUCCCCAAUGGUGCCGCGUACACCGUGGGUAAAGUCAACGGAGAUCAUUGGCUGCUAUACAUGUCCAGCCCGGAUGAAGACGCUGGCGCGAAUCCAGCGCUGAGAUCCGGCAAUUCCGUCCCCUACACGACGAAACCUCCCGAAGCAGACCUGGAUCGCGACACAGCCGAGGAAUCACAGCCAACGUCGCCCCCUGGCGAUAUCUCUCAGGAUUACACAAUUGAAAUCCUCAUGAGUCAGCUCUCUCCCAAGGCUUGCGCUCCGUUCAUGACGAGUUCGCUGGUCUCCGAGAUAUCCCAACUGAAUCCACUGGAUCAAGCGAUUGCACUGUCGUCUUCCGUGGGGAUAUCGGAUCUCUUUCCGGCCGAACUCACGACACUUGACGCGUACUCGUUCAUUCCCUGCGGCUAUUCAUCCAAUGCACUGCUUAGAUGGAAGGAGGACUCGGGCGCUGGGCCCGCUCGUAGCGGAGAGGGCUACUACAGCAUCCACGUUACUCCGGAGCCUGAUUGGUCGUACGCCAGCUUCGAAUGCAAUGUACCACUGCCUACCCUUCCCAACGGAGAGCCACGGAGCAUUCCAGACUUGAAGACGCUCGUGCGACGAGUCGUGAAUAUCUUCCAGCCAGGAAAGCUGACGCUGACGCUAUUUGUAUCAAGCAAGGACAACAACACCGCGGAGGAGGAAGACGGCGAGAGCGCCGUUGAAGCUGCUCAGCGUGCCUUCAAGGCCGCAUUGAUAACACCUCUCAAGGAGGUUGACGGUCCAGUAUGCUCUGGCUCGCCUGCUUUCGGAGGAGUUUACAAACGCACCGACAAGAUUAACUACGAGUUUGGCGGGUAUGACCUAGCUUUCGCGACUUUUGAACUACGAUCAUGA